CCACUUUUGUCAGUCGAUUCGCACGGUGUGCAUUGCGCGCGGUAGUUGGUAAAUCGCUGCUCACCUGUCCACACGACAACGACAUGCUCCUCGGCCUGCUCGUGCCGCCGCUCCUGCUCGCCGCCGCGGCCCUCGCACAAGCACACCCGUCGAGUUGUCCACCUGUGACGGCCGAGGAGGCGGCCUCGAUGGGCACCUCGGAACUUUUGAUGAAGCUGACAGCCAACUGUCGCUACGACAAAUGGCAGAGGCCGCCGAGUGAGCCAGAUCAGCCGACAAGGGUGCACGCAAAGGUCCACGUCUACUUUUUGGGAGCCAUCGAAGCUCAAAGUCUGAAAUUCACAGCGCACAUUUUGCUAAUGUUCCGGUGGCGUGAUCCGCGACUGGCGCUUCCAACACCGCGAACGCCCGACGGCCGCUUGGUCAGUUCCAUGGGCGGCCAGGGUUUGCUGCUGCGAGACAAAAUUUGGGUGCCGCACGUCUACCUGAGCAACGAAAGAGAGUCGGUGGUGAUGGGUGCUGAGCGCAAGGACGUUCGCAUCACCCUCCACCCUGACGGCCGAGUGGAGCAAGCCCUCAGGAUGAAGGUGACGCUUUACUGUCUGAUGAACCUGCAGAAGUUCCCCUUUGACCAGCAGCAAUGCCCGCUAAUGCUCGAGAGCUGGACUUACAAUUCCAGCGAGCUGCAGCUGCAGUGGGAGAGCACGCGGCCGGUGACGGUCAACAGCGAGUUGCUGCUCACCGAGUAUCGGCUCAUCGACACGAGAACAACCAGCACCGAGGACACGGCGCCUCUGCUGACGGCCUCAGAGCCCACGCACCCUCGCCUCAGACCCAACGACUCCACAGUAGUUUUGGAAAUGAUGGACGAGGAGGAGCGAGCUUUGGAGGAAAAUGAGGGUCUACGUGCCAAUUUUAGCCGGCUCGAGAUUCGAUUUCACCUUGCCCGUGAGGUUGGUCAUUAUGUGAUGGACUACUUUAUGCCCUCCAUUCUACUGGUGGCCAUGUCUUGGGUGUCCUUUUGGCUGGACCCGAACGCCAUUCCCGGACGCACAACACUCGGCACCAGCACCAUGCUAACUUUCAUCACCCUGACCCGAAACACAGGCAGUGCCCUGCCUAAGGUUUCGUACAUCAAAGCGACGGAAGUGUGGUUCAUUGUGUGCACCGCUUUCAUUUUUGGAUCUUUGCUGGAAUUUGCAUUUGUCAACACCAUUUGGCGACGAAAGAAAGAGGUGCCCUUGAAGAAAGUUAACAGCAAAUAUAUCCUGAAAUCAACGCUGACUCCAAGAAUGGCUCGAAGACAACUCCAGUCAUCCCUGUCUGUCGGAUCAGAAUUGGAUAGGUGUACUUCGUGGCCACAUCAAUUAAAUCAAAGCAACGCUAACCAACUGACAGUGCACUCGAUGGACUCGUUGCACAUCGGCAAUGGAGGCGGCGUGGGCGGCUUUGAUUCAUGCGACACCUUGACCUCAGCCGUGUCUGCGCCGCACCGUCUGGACGACGACUGUCUCAGCAUACAGAUCCCCGUGCCAGGGGACCAGGGCGGAAAAGGUGAGGCUGGGCAGCCUGACCUUCCGCCAAAGCCUUCCUUCACCACGAUGACUCCUCAGGAGGUGGCCAAGUGGAUUGACCAGCGAAGCCGGCUCUGGUUCCCUAUCGCCUUCCUGCUUUUCAACGCCCUUUACUGGGGCUUCGUGUGGAUCUGAUAAAGAGCAGGACCAUAUCAAAAGAUCAUAUUGUUCCGAGAGUGCCGUAAAUUUUUACAAAAAGUAGUCCCUGAUUGGCUGUGCCAUAAUCUUCGUUUUUAUCCUUUUGCCAACUGGAGACGUAAUUCUUCCAGAGUCAAAUUGCAAAAAGAUGACACAUUUUUUUCUGCUUUUUGAGAAAUGUUUUUGGUGUUUAGCGUUGGCCAGUCGCAACGAGAGUGAAUUUUAAACUGAGAGAGUAGCAAAUUUGUAAGUCAUGCUCGUCUGUAAAAUAACUAUAGCUAUUGUCUCGAUUGAAGAGUCAUCACAAACUCACAUUUUGAGAGCUUAUAUAUUUUAUUAUACUGAGAUGAUGUAUGUUUUAUUUUAUUUUUGUUGUCAAUAGAGAAUCUGCUGAGCAUAAAUGAAAGUGCUUUUUAUCAGUCUGAUUAUUAUUCUAGAAUAAAGAAAAUUUUGAUUCCUAGAAACAA